AAUUGUUCUUUCAAGCAGUUGCGUCAUCCACAUGGUUUUGUCUCAAGUGAAAUAAAUCGGAAUUAUUUUAUAAGUUGGUGAAAAUAUCAAUCUAAUUAUGCUAACGGCUACGCGGGUGAUAAGCCGAAAGGCUUUGGAGUGUUCCGGCUUCACGUCCGAAAUAUACACACACAGGAAUUUCUCUACAGUUCUCAAAAAUAGCGCGGCACCAACAGUUCCUAUCUACCAAAGGCAUGGCGUGCAAUACAGAAAUAAGUCAGAGGGAGUGCGCGGCGCAGUCAUUGGUAUUGACUUGGGGACAACCAAUUCCUGUGUUGCGGUUAUGGAAGGAAAAUCUCCCAAGGUGGUGGAGAACAGUGAAGGCUCCCGCACCACCCCCUCCCACGUGGCGUUCACCAAGGAGGGGGAGCGUCUGGUGGGCAUGCCGGCCAAGAGGCAGGCAGUCACCAACAGUGGCAACACCUUCUACGCGACGAAACGCCUCAUAGGGCGCCGCUUUGACGACCCCGAAGUUCAGAAGGAUAUGAAGAAUCUGUCAUACAAGGUUGUGAGAGCGUCGAACGGUGAUGCUUGGGUGCAAGGUUCGGAUGGCAAAGUGUACUCGCCCAGCCAGAUCGGUGCCUUCGUGCUGAUGAAGAUGAGGGAGACUGCCGAGGCGUACCUCAACACCAGCGUCAAGAACGCCGUGGUGACCGUGCCCGCGUACUUCAACGACUCGCAACGACAGGCCACCAAGGAUGCUGGUCAAAUCGCCGGGCUCAACGUGCUGCGAGUGAUCAACGAGCCGACGGCGGCGGCGCUCGCCUACGGCAUGGACAAGACCGAUGACAAGAUUAUUGCUGUGUACGAUCUGGGCGGCGGCACCUUCGACAUAUCCGUGCUGGAGAUACAGAAGGGCGUGUUCGAGGUGAAGUCCACCAACGGAGACACGCUGCUGGGAGGGGAGGACUUCGACAACGUCAUCGUCAACUUCCUGGUGGACGAGUUCAAGAGGGACCAAGGUCUGGACAUCCGCAAGGACGCGAUGGCGAUGCAGCGGCUGAAGGAGGCGGCGGAGAAGGCCAAGAUCGAGCUGUCGGGCUCGCUGCAGACGGACAUCAACCUGCCCUACCUCACCAUGGACGCCUCGGGGCCCAAGCACAUGAACUUGAAGAUGACUCGUUCGAAACUGGAGUCGCUGGUGGGAGACCUGAUCAAGCGCACGGUGGGCCCGUGCCAGCGCGCGCUGCAGGACGCCGAGGUGUCGCGCACCGACAUCGGCGAGGUGCUGCUGGUCGGCGGCAUGACCAGGAUGCCCAAGGUCCAGCAAACAGUGCAAGAGAUAUUCGGUCGUGCGCCCUCGCGCGCAGUCAACCCUGACGAGGCGGUGGCGGUGGGCGCGGCCGUGCAGGGCGGCGUGUUAGCUGGCGACGUGACCGACAUCCUGCUGCUGGACGUGACGCCGCUGUCGCUGGGCAUCGAGACCCUGGGCGGCGUGUUCACCAAGCUCAUCACGAGGAACACCACCAUACCCACGAAGAAGAGCCAGGUGUUCUCCACCGCGGCGGACGGUCAAACCCAAGUCGAGAUCAAAGUCCACCAGGGCGAGCGCGAGAUGGCGACGGACAACAAACUGCUCGGCCAGUUCUCUCUCAUCGGCAUACCGCCCGCGCCGCGCGGCGUGCCGCAGAUCGAGGUCACCUUCGACAUCGACGCCAACGGCAUCGUACACGUGUCUGCCAGGGACAAGGGCACUGGCAAGGAGCAACAGAUCGUGAUCCAGUCGUCGGGCGGGCUGUCCAAGGACGAGAUCGAGAACAUGGUGAAGGCGGCCGAGCAGUUCGCGGCGGCGGACAAGGGGCGGCGCGAGCGGGUGGAGGCGGCCAACCAGGCGGAGGGCGUGCUGCACGACACCGAGACCAAGAUGGACGAGUACAAGGCGCAGCUGCCGCAGGACGAGUGUGACAAGCUGCGCGUGGAGAUGGGCAAGCUGCGCGAGCUGCUGGCGCAGAAGGACAGCGCCGAGCCGGAGGCGAUCCGCAGCGCCACCGGCCAGCUGCAGCAGGCCAGCCUCAAGCUGUUCGAGCAAGCCUACAAGAAGAUGGCAGCAGAACGCGAGGGACAGUCUCAAUCUCAAUCCCAGACGCAAGGAGAACAACAACAAGAGGAGAAGAAAGAAGAGAAGAAGAACUAAAUCCCCCCAAAAACUUCUAACCCCCCUUAAAAUAGGGGGCCAACUGUACAUAUUAAACUAGACCAAAUAACAAAAUGAUAUAAACAAAGGAUUUCUGUUUGAACCUCUGUAAUAAUUUUCUUUUAGUAAGUUUUUUAUUUAAGUUUAGCAAAAGAUUCUGGUUUUUAUGACCUGAUUGGGAAAAUUGUAUUUUCUACACUAGGUCGGGUUUGGUUACUAUAUUAAAUGUGGGUGGAUAAAGUAUUGUAGAACGAUUUAAUGAAAUGCCGAAUAUAAUUAUUAAACGUAUAUACGAAGAGAAAUGUAGCCGACACCGGUAAACGGGCAACAUUUUUAGCAAUUUCUAGAUGCAAUUGUCUUAGCUUAGCGUGGAUACAAACAUUGCUGCAAUAGUCGCUGUGACGUUUUUGGCAAUUUCUAGAUGCAAUUGUCUAUAAGUCAUAUUUCAUCCAACCAACUUAGCGUACAUACAAACAUUGCUGCAAUAGUCGCUGUGACAUUUUUGGCAAUUUCUAGAUGAAAUUGUCUAGAUGCCAUAUUUUAUCCAACCAACUUAGCGUACAUACAAACAUUGCUGCAAUUGUCGCUGUGACAUUUUUGGCAAUUUCUAGAUGAAAUUGUCUAGAUGCCAUAUUUUAGUAAACUAACUUAGGGUACAUACAAACAUUGCUGCAAUAGUCGCUGUGACAUUUUUGGCAAUUUCUAGAUGAAAUUGUCUAGAUGCCAUAUUUCAGUCAACCAACUUAGCGUACAUACAAACGUUGCUCCAAUAGUCGCUGUGACAUUUUUGGCAAUUUAUAGAUGAAAUUGUCUAGAUGCCAUAUUUCAGUCAACCAACUUAGCGUACAUACAAACGUUGCUCCAAUAGUCGCUGUGACAUUUUUGGAAAUUUCUAUAUGCAAUUGUCUAGAUGCCAUAUUUUAGUCAACCAACUUAGCGUACAUACAAACAUUGCUGCAAUAGUCGCUGUGACAUUUUUGGAAAUUUCUAGAUGAAAUUGUCUAGAUGCCAUAUUUCAGUCAACCAACUUAGCGUACAUACAAACGUUGCUCCAAUAGUCGCUGUGACAUUUUUGGCAAUUUAUAGAUGAAAUUGUCUAGAUGCCAUAUUUCAGUCAACCAACUUAGCGUACAUACAAACGUUGCUCCAAUAGUCGCUGUGACAUUUUUGGCAAUUUCUAGAUGCAAUUGUCUAGAUGCCAUAUUUCAGUCAACCAACUUAGCGUACAUACAAACAUUGCUGCAAUUGUCACUGUGAAAUUUUUGGCAAUUUCUAGAUGCAAUUGUCAAGAAGUCAUAUUUCAGUCAACUAACUUACAAACAUUGCUGCAAUUGUCACUGAAAUUUCCAUAACGUCAAAGAUGAAAUAUUGCGUAGUAACUUUGGGACACUCUUUGCAAUUAUUAUUAUUGUUUGAAGAGUUGUCCAUAUUGUAGUUUUUGAAUAAAUACUUGCGGUUAUGGCGUAUCUAAAUAUAAAAUAUUGUUAAACGCCCAUUCUUCAUUAUUUACUUCUUAAAAAAUCACAUUUAUUUCGAUUUUGACAUGUAAAAAGGGUUUAUCAAUGAACACUUGCGGCUAUGGUUGUAAUGGUGUAUCUAAAUAUUACAAAGUCUUCAUAAACGCGCAUCUUUGUCAAUUACUUUAAAAAAAAAUACAUUUUGUUCGAUUUCGAUGUGUAAAAAGGGUUGUUAUUUGUAAAACAGUCCUAAAAAUACUGUAUCAGUUAUAGUAAGCAAUUGUUAUUGCAACAAUAAUUGUAUAUAGCUUGGCAACUUCGUUCGUAACACUCCUGACGGUCUGCGCGGGCCGGGGGGCGUGUAGCGAUAAAUGCUGAUGCACGCACGCACGAUUUUACAGUCUUCCCCCCGUCGCCCGCAUAUCAUGGGAGUGUCAUUAACGAACUUGCCAGAGUUUUUGGGCGUAUUGCUGUGGUAUACAUUACGGCAAUAUAUCCAGCAAUUUUAUAGCCCGUUUGCGGCCGGUCGGACUUAUUUUCGAAAACAUUUUAGGUUGCAUAGAUAAAAUGUAGUGAUAUCAUUUUAUAGCUUUAGUAAACUGCGUACAUUGUAGAUUAUAGUUAGGUAAGUGAUAGGUGAAAUUCAUUGUAGUUAUGUUUUUUUUUUUAAUUGAAAAAUGUACAGGACUCUUAAUAUUUGUACGUAUUAAAAAUUAAUGUUUACUUUUGCUAUAUUUGAUGUUUUUAGGGUACCGUCGUAAAUAUAAAUACACUGUGAAGUUUCCUUCGUCUUAUACUGAAAUCCUAUUUAAUGUACCCAAUGUAUCAUCAUCCAUUAGUGUCAUUAUAAAAAAAAACUAACUUUAAAAAAUCGAUUAUAUUGAAACAUCCUGUAUUUACAAAUACAGGAUGUUUAUAUACGGCUCAUCGGUCCCUUUGGGGUCAUUGACUUUGGCCUAAACUAGAUCGAAAGUCAAAGAGGAUGUUUUUUCGCUAGUGUGUGAGGUCAUUAUUAACCGACUUCAAAAAAAAGGAGGAGGUUUCUCAAUUCGACAGUAUAUAUUGUUAAGGAGUUUCUUGUAUUGGACUAAUAACUGGGCGGCUUGCAGACGGUGUAUUUUGUAAGACAUAUUGUGCAGUUAUAAAACACAUGCAGUUGAUGUGAUGUGUGUGCAGUCUUAAUAACUUUAUAAUUGGACUAUUGGCCUACUGCUAGCAGUUUUAACGAACAAUCUGAGUUGGACUAUUGGUCAUUAUUGGUCAUAUAUAUGAAACAUUUAUAUGACAAAUAUUCUUUUAAACAAAUAAAUAAUAGACCUGUACAUUUUUCAUUACAACAAAACUGUUAUAUAUAUUUGUUAUUAGUGUUUAAAGGACUGGUAUUCCUUAAGUUUGAAAAAUUACAAUUUCGUGUAAUAUAUUGUAAUAGUUAUUAAUGAUUAUUAUAUUUUUAAUUGAAAAUGUGUGUGUGUAUGUGCGUUGGAUUUUGUGGAGGUAUUUUUGGGGUGGAAUGGAGAAGCUUUAUUUGUGCAUUUAAGUAGAUUUUGUUUGGACUGUAGACGUAAUGCUAUUUCAAAUUAACUUAAAAUUGUAUUUUAAGGCAUUUUCGACUGUUUCUUUAUGUAAAUGCUGAUAUACCUUGAUAACCAGAAUUUUAAAAUAACCUCUUGACUCCUAAAUGGACGACCGGUCGCCCAUCGUAUCCGUUACGUGACAUGUAAAAAAAUAUAAAGUAAACUAAGGGCAAUAUGCGAGCACAGUAUCAUGCUCCGCGCGAUAAAGGAAUAUAAAGAUUUUUUUAAAUGGCUCACAACGGUAGAUAAAAACCGCAUUUCGUGACUGUCUGCUUCUUCAACGCAGACGGGCUUUUCGAUAGAAUACUCGCGGGCAGCGAAUGGUUAAGAUUGAGUUUACAACGAUUCAGUUUACGAUUACAAUUACGAUUCAGUUUACAAUAGUUGCGUUUUAAUUUACUAUUGCGAUUCAGUUUACAAUUACAAUCCAAGUUACAGUUACGAUUCAAUUUAAAACUACUUAUAGUUUAAAUUAUGAACCUGUUUAUAGUUGUUGCGUUUCAAUUUACAGUUGCAAUUCAAUUUACAAUUACUAUUCAGUUUAAAACUACUUUUAGUUUACAAUUAUGAAUUUGUUUACAAUUGUUGCGUUUUAAUUAUUGGGAUUUAGCAAUUACAUUUCAAUUUACAUUACGUCUAUAGUCCAGUGGAUAUUUUCAUGAAUACAUCUACAAAAUCCUACCAAUAUUUGACCGUGGCUUGUUAUUUUUUUUUGUUUUUGAAUAUGUUGUUUUAUAAUGCAUACGUUUUGAU